CUCUCUACCUCCUUGUUGUUGUGAUUCUCUUGUCAUUAUUUUGCAAUCAUUUCAUAUAAAAAUUUGCACUUGGAAGAACCGAUAAAAUAAGCGAUGCAGCGACAGAUUGUUAAUAUCCUAGGACAGGCGACGCGCCGUUUGGUUAGUGGCCAGCAAAUCCGCACGUUGUCAGUUUCUGCUCGGCGUCAGGAGAUCUUUCAAGUCCAGAGUGCCGAGGACUUCGACAAGAAAGUCAAGAACAGUCAGAAGCCCGUGAUUGUUGACUUUUUCGCAACAUGGUGUAAUCCCUGCAAGAUGCUGACUCCGCGAAUUGAGAGUAUUGUGGGUGAACAAGCGGGUUCCAUUAAAUUGGCAAAAGUGGAUAUUGAUGAGCACAGCGAACUAGCUUUGGACUACGAUGUGGCCGCCGUUCCCGUCCUGGUGGUAUUGCAAAAUGGAAAGGAAGUACAGCGCAUGGUAGGGCUCCAGGAUGAGGACAAAAUUCGUGCAUGGGUCGCCGCCGCCGUUAAGCAGGCCAAGUAGUUUUCUAAGAAGUGCCCAAAAAAGAAGCCAAGCUUAGCUUUAUGUUAUUAUUCGGACUUUCGAAAUAAAUGUUUAUAUAACCGUUGAAACAACAAA